AUUGAGUUCAUUUAGUACAGUUAAUCAAAAAAAUUAAGUUUGCUCCUGAAACCAUUUUAUUGAAAGUUUGAUCCUGAAUCAUGUCUGACCAAGAACGAGUUUCACCAGUCUUUCUCAAUUUGGCCUGUGCCACUGACUCUGACAGGGCAUCUCCCGUGUCAACUACCAGUUCUUCAAAUGGAUCGGAAACAUCAUCAAAUGCAAGUUCAUCAAAUCGACGGGGUAAGGGUAAGCUGCGACCAGACUACAAACGCCGUAUCAAGCUACCUUAUUCUUACGUCGAGAUGAUCACUAUGGCCAUUAAAUCUUCAUCUUCUGAUAAACUGACUCUUCGAGACAUUACCAACUUCAUGCAAGACAAGUUCCUUUGCUUUCGUGGCGAGUACGUCGGAUGGAAGAACAGUGUUAGACACAAUCUAUCUACUAGUAAGUGCUUCACUAAAGUUCUGCGAGAUUCCAGUCGACCGUAUGGUAAAGACAACUUCUGGAUAAUGAAUGCAGAAUGUGAACAUUGCAAGAACAAAUGUGAGAACGAUGUUGUGAGCAAACGAAUCCUUUCUAACCACGCACCUAUCUCCGAUUCAAUUCCACCUGUGUCUCCUGCAUCGAGUGAGUCAUCUACCGACCCUGCUGCAGACAAUCAAAUGAAACUACUCAACCACCCUACAACUAAAAUGUCCAGCUGUCAACGCAUGGUGCAUGAUACCAACACCGCUGCACCAGAGGAACACUACGACAAUAGGUACUACGACCAAUAUUCAUACACUGCUCAUCACGGUUCCCGUCGUCAUCAUCGCUACCAUCCUUACACAUCUCCGCAUAGCAACAACUGGCAACAAAAACGUCAUCCAGUGGCUCGGCAAGGAACCAACUCCGUGGAUGAUCUGGAAACUAUUGAGGAUCUCUAUGUGCCGUCGCAUGACAUCGAUUUCUCCAUGAUGUACAACAAUUCGAAAACGCUCGUUAAGGAGCAGCCAGAAUGCCACGUGCCGUAUUCUACGUACUAUCCUACUGGUUUUCAAGGUUAUGAGACGCCCUACUACUAUCCAUAUAUGGACUUCCGUCUACCAACUCCGUACCAGCUUCCACAAGACCAUUACGAUUGGCAGAGAGCGCCAUCAGUUGACAACAGGGUAAAUCAUCAUCCAAAUCCAUACGAUUUCGUUCAGCAAGUCUGUGAUGUUCCAUCGUUCCCAUCGUCGCCUUCGUCAAUUCAUUCGUCUGAUUCUUCUUCAUCAGAUUCAGCUAUGUAGGCUCCAGCUUCUCUUUUGUCAAAUGAUUGUUCUAGGUUGUUACGACUUUUAAUCUAAAUAGGCUAAAGAUAAUUUUUAGACCGUAAUUAUUACAUUAAAAUAUACUGUUUUAAUCAUAUUAACAGUAAGUUACCGUUAAAGUGUUUUGUAACAGGCAGCCGUAUAGGAAGGACGACUAAUGUAGGCCUAAUAUACAUAUAAGUGACUUAGGCCUAUAUCAUAUUUUAUCAGUUCAGUCAGUCGAUGUGCAAUGUAUAUAAAUAAAUAGGCCCCUCGAUGUUUUAUAAGCAACUAUAUCUGUAAAAUAUUAUUGAGUAUUAUGUAACAUAGUUAAAGAUUGAUGAGUAUAUUUU